AUGGGGGGUCAGCAGUGGAACACUGGAGGUCAGUGGUGGAACACUGGAGGUCAGUGGUGGAACAUGGGGGGUCAGCGGUGGAACACUGGAGGUCAGUGGUGGAACACGGGGGGUCAGCGGUGGAACACGGGGGGUCAGCGGUGGAACAUUGGAGGUCAGCGGUGGAACACGGGGGGUCAGCGGUGUAACACAGGGGGUCAGCGGUGGAACACUGGGGGUCAGCGGUGGAACACUGGGGGUCAGCGGUGGAACACGGGGGGUCAGCGGUGGAACACGGGGGUCAGCGGUGGAACACGGGGGGUCAGCGGUGGAACACGGGGGGUCAGCGGUGGAACACGGGGGGUCAGCGGUGGAACACGGGGUCAGCGGUGGAACACGGGGGGUCAGCGGUGGAACACGGGGGGUCAGCGGUGGAACACGGGGGGUCAGCGGUGGAACACGGGGGUCAGCGGUGGAACACUGGGGGUCAGCGGUGGAACACGGGGGGUCAACGGUGGAACAUGGGAGUGCUUGAGGGCGGCGAGUAUGCCUUCAGUGCUUGAGGGCGGCGAGUAUGCCUUCAGAGUGCUUGAGGGCGGCGAGUAUGCCUUCAGAGUGCUUGAGGGUGGCGAGUAUGCCUUCAGUGCUUGA